AUGUGCAACGACAGGGAAGGUAACCUGUUGACAGAUAAGACAGCGGUAGCGGCCAGGUGGAAGGAGCACUUUCAACAGCUGUUGAACGGUGAGAUGCGAGAGGGAGUCGUCGAGGACAGGAUGAACGUUGAGGAUGAUGGAAUAGCUGUGGACCCGCCUACGUUGGAGGACGUGGAAAAAGCCGUAAAGGAGCUCAAGAACGCGAAAUCCACGGGAAAGGACGGACUUCCGGCCGAACUUUUCAAGCACGGGAGCGCGCGGAUGAUCGAGAUUCUGCACCAAAUCGUCCAGCGAAUUUGGUGCGAAGAACAGCUUCCGACCGACUGGUUAGACGGGCUCAUCACCCCAAUCUACAAGAAAGGGCAAAGACUCGAUUGUGCCAACUAUCGAGGCAUCACAAUCCUCAACUCAGCGUACAAAGUACUAUCCCGAAUCCUGUGGAGCAAGCUGAGACCGUUGACCGAGACCUUUGUCGGCGAAUACCAGUGCGGUUUUCGAGCGGGUCGGUCAACGACGGACCAGAUGUUCACUCUGCGACAAAUCCUCGACAAGUUCCGGGAGUACAACCUGCAAACACACCAUUUGUUCAUCGACUUCAAGGCGGCGUACGAUUCAGUCAAAAGAAACGAACUUUGGAAAAUUAUGCUAGAACACGGCUUUCCGGCGAAGCUAAUAAGACUGAUUCGUGCAACGCUCGACGGAACAAAAUCAAGCGUGCGAAUAGCUAACGAGACAUCAGAAGCUUUCGUUACGUUGGAUGGAUUGAAGCAGGGCGAUGCUCUCUCGAACUUACUGUUCAUCAUAGCGUUGGAAGGUGCUGCUCGAAGGGCAGGCGUGCAAAGAAACGGAACACUCAUCACUAAAUCGCACAUGCUGCUUGGAUACGCUGACGACAUCAACAUCAUUGGUAUCGACCGUCGUUCAGUGGAGGAGGCGUUCGUCCCUUUCAAGCGGGAAGCUGCGAAGAUCGGACUGACCAUCAACACUGCCAAGACCAAGUAUCUAGUUGCUGGCAGAGCGCGUGACAGUACAGGUGAUGGUGUUUCGGAGGUGGAAAUAGAUGGAGAAAGAUAUGAGGUGGUGGAUGAGUUUGUAUAUCUUGGUACACUUGUGACGUGCGACAACGAUGUGAGCUGCGAAGUGAAACGGCGGAUUAGUGCUGCAAACAGGGCCUUCUACGGUCUUCGUAGCCAGCUAAGGUCCCGCAGCCUAAGGACGCCUACGAAAAUCACGCUGUACAGGACCUUGAUACUCCCUGUAGCUCUUUACGGUCACGAGUCGUGGACGCUAAAGGAGGCUGACCAGAGAGCACUUGGGGUCUUUGAGCGGAGAAUCCUGCGUUCUAUCUUCGGCGGCAAGCAAGUAGGAGACCGGUGGCGCAGGCGCAUGAAUUUCGAGUUGUACCAAGACUACAAACAUGCUGAUAUCGUAAAAGUCAUCAAACACGACAGGCUGAAGUGGGCUGGACAUGUAGCCAGAAUGUCAGACGAGCGGGCGGCUAAAACGAUAUUCAGCAGCGAACCUGGACGCGAUCGUCGGCUUCGUGGAAGGCCUCGUACGCGUUGGCUGUGUGCAGUCGACGAAGAUGCAAGAGCGGCCAACAUUGUAGGCGACUGGAGACGAGCGGCCCAAGAUCGAGCAUCUUGGAAAUCUUCGAUUAGUUCAGCGUUGGGUCGAUAG